GGACCAGCAUGCAUAUAUAUUUAGUUUUUGUAUGCCAUGUGUGUGCAUAUAAUCAUUACAUAACUGUCUGCAUCUAUUUGUAUACAUAUUGUCGUCUGCUCUAUCGGGAUAGAGAGAGAGAGAGAGAGAAGAGAGAGAGUUGUUUUUGUUGUAGAAUAUAAGAGAGAGAGAGAGAGGGGUAAAAUCCAAUCCAUGGGAGAGAGUGCAGAUGGAGAUGCUGUCUACGUGGCAGUGGGGAAAGACGCUGGAAAGAAUGAGUUGACUUUGCUAUGGGUAUUGAGGAAUCUCCGGGUGAAGAAGCUUUACCUUCUUCAUGUUCAUCAACCAAUUCAUAUGACUGCUUCAUGUGAGUAUAUGCUUCUCUUUAACCCAAUUCUUCAUCUUGGGUCAGUGACGUCAAUGGCUGCGCCUAUGAAAAAUCCAUGCUUUCCCCAUCAAGAAUCUCACACAAGUGGGCUUGAAGAAAGUGAGAUCAAUGGAAUACUGCAGCUGGAACUCAACGGUACAUAUGAGAGCCUCCACUGGUACCGUGUCCUCUGCCAAAACGAAGGGAUGAACGGGCAAGAUGUGGACAUAACAUGUAUUUCAAUGGAAGAUGUCGGAGAAGGGAUUGUGGAACUUAUCUAUGAUAACGACGUCAGGAAGCUCGUCAUGGGAGCUGCUGCCGAUACCCGGUAUUCCGAGGGAAUGGCUCAUAUAACUUCGAGGAAGGCCAAGUACGUGAGCCAGCAUGUGCCUCAUCACUGCAAAAUAUGGUUUAUCUGCAAUGGGAACCUCAUCCAGAUCAGGGAAGGACGGUUCGACCGCGCUUAUUCACCGGACUCGUUCUCCGAAUCCUCUGACUCGGCCGAGUCCUUAUACAGUCAGACGGGGUUUGCUUCUUCAUUGAUACCGUACGAGGGAACGAGGAGUGGACGGCAUGAAACAGACAGGGUCCGAGAGUUGGAAAGAUUGUAUAAAGAUGAGCUGAGACAGAGGAGAGAAACAGAGGAAGCUCUACAGAGAGAAAGAGAUGGGCAUAAGAAGACAGAACUGGAAAGAGAUGAAGCCCUUUCAAGUGCCCGUAAUGCCCACUUGCUAUACGAUCGAGAACUAAGGCUCAGGAGAGAAUUAGUAGGGGAAAUAGCAAAAGCGAAAGAAGAAAUUGAAAAGAUGAAAAUGGAGAUGGAGGAAGUGCUUAACAUGGAUUGUCCCCAUAUCAUAGAAACUUACCAGAAAGAGCGAGACGAUGCUAUCAAGACAGCUGAAGAGCUUCUGAGACAUUUGAACAUGGAGGGCACCUCGUCAAUGCCACCCUCUUCAUUGUCUUCCCCUGUUCCAGACGAGCCUCCCUCAUAUUUCCUUUGCCCCAUUUCAAAGGAGAUCAUGAGAGACCCACAUGUAGCAGCAGAUGGUUACACAUAUGAGGCAGAGGAGUUGAGAGAAUGGCUGAGGCAUGGAGGCGAAGCUUCACCCAUAACAAAUCUCAGGCUCCGGAAUCGAAAUCUCACCCCAAAUCUCACUCUUCGCUCCGCGAUCCGUGAAUGGUUGCAGCAGCACCCGGAGUUUCGUGAUUCACCAUGAAUGCCCUCCAUCAUGUUCUGAAAUACAUAACUGAUUAAAGCUUCUUUUUUUUAUGAUGUAAACGGAAUAAUCCGCGAAAUUCAAUAGCUUCGCGGUUGUCCUGCAGAAAUUAUACAGUCGAGUUAUAAUUAUUUA